AUGAGUGCUUCCAAGAUCUGCUCUCGCUGCCUACGAGCAAGCCGGACCGGGCAAUCUCAAAGUUUGCGGUUGCCCUACAAUAGCAGUCUGGUGUUGCAACGAGCCCCUUUACAAGCAUCAACAGCACACCUGAGCUUCUCUACUUGGUCGCCACAACGGCAAGAUUCCAGGACAUUGAACAGUGAACCCGGCAAGGGACGCGGCAAGUCACGAAAACCAGUCAUCUUGUCUGUUGCAGCGGCACUCGUUGCCGGUGCAGCAUACUAUGGCUUCAGCUCAGAAACUGAAGACGACUCGUUGAACAGCACCAAGUUUACGCCUUUCAACAUAAUCGCCAAGGAGCAUGUCUCGCCCACGGCUUUCAUAAUAACAAUUCGGUGUCCAGAUGUUUUGGCAUCCAAGAAUAAUCCCAAGAUCAUGGCAGCCUGGCAGCAUGGGCUGUGGUCCGUGGAAAUGAAGCAGCCUCAGCUUCAGAUCGCAAGGCAUUACACCCCUUUGCCACCUCUCAGUGACGCCCAAGAAAAUGCCGGGGAACUGCGUUUUCUCAUCAGAAAAAUGGGCAGUGGGGAAAUGUCCAACUACCUGUUCAGACUGCAGGUGGGAGACCAGGUGUGGCUUCGGGGUCCGCACUACGGGUUUGACAUUUCAAAACGCAUGGGCGAGGCCAAGGAUGUCGUAUUCUUGGCUGGCGGCACCGGUGUGGCGCCCGCAUUGCAGAUUGUCCAUAAACUCCUAGAUGGCAGCCAAAAUACCGCUCCUGAACAGCGGCCGUCGGUUCGUAUAUUAUGGGCAAACCGAAGGGACAUUGACAGCCUCGGCAGAAAGGAGCUGCAUGGCAAGACCAAGCGGUCUGGGGAUGUGGGCGUCCCGAACUCGCUCACCGACCAGAUUGUGGAUUUGAAACAAAAAUACGGAGAUCACUUCAAUAUUGAUUAUUUCGUCGACGAUGAGAAGUUUAUUACACACGAGGAUGUCAACACAGCCAUCACUUUACGCCAGCAGCCUGCCCUUGCAGCUACAGAUAAGCGUUGUCGGUGGCACUCACAUGAAGGGCUUGCGGCAACGUCAGAUGAGGAUGACAAGGCAGCCAAAGAUAUUGCCUGUACUUGCCGACGUCACAAUAUGCCUCCGGAGUUCAUCGGUAGAAACAUCCUUGGCGUCUCUGGCCCUGACGGCUUCAUAGAGGCAUACGCAGGAUCAAAGCGGUGGUUUGGUGGCAGAGAGAUCCAGGGGCCAGUGUUGGGUUUGUUAGGAUCCAUGAAGAGAAUGGACCCGAAGAUGGAUGACUGGCUUGUACUCAAAUUGUAA